AUGGUCCUUUCGUUUGAUGAGUAUAAGACUGAAGCCCAGAAACUUUUAGAAUUUGCUAAAAGUAUCGAAAGGUCAUUUAAGGCUGAUGAUGUUGAGGUUAAAGACAUUGUUUUAAAGUCAACUACGGAGAAGGCCAGAUAUAGUGGACAAGCCGGAGUGGACAAGGCACAAGAGAGCAAGGACAACCCGAAUAAUAUACGAAACCAGAGGAUCAAUCCACUAGAAAAUGAAGAGCAAUUAAGAGUAGAAGCUGGACCAGAUUCCUCUACUAGGCAAGAAAAUAAGAGUGAGAACCCACUUAUACCUUGCGCAGACUUUAAAGUUACGGAGCGAAAAUCACAAAGUUCAGUGAGUAAUUUUAAUUCCAGCCCCAAUGGAAAUGGCAGAACUGAUGAUUCCUAUGAUCCAAUGGCGAGUACUUCGACUUCUACCGCCGUCACAUACAAGAAAACCGCUAAAGCUGACGUUGAGGAUCAGCACAUAAGUUCAUCGGACUCACAAUCGGAAUUAAAUCAUCAAACUAAUGUCAAUCAUUCAAUUCCUGGGAAUACCGAUCAAGCCGUUGCUUUGAAAAUGACCUCCAUACCAUGGAACGGUAUGCGGGAUACACAUGCCAACUUUUAUCCUUCUGGUACUCCUCCCCUUCGCGAAGAAGCUGCACACAUCUUACCACAAGAAGGGUUCGGAAGUAACGGCCGCAUGCCUCAAGAUCGGAAGUUCAAUCGUGGUCAUAUGCAUGAGAAGAAUUUAGUCGAAAGUGCUCAGAGAAGCACCAGUCUAGUCAAGACUUUGUUAGGUGAGGAUCCUAGUCCGCCCUCAAUGAUACGGAACUCCAUACCAUAUUCUGGGGCAUAUUCGUCUGACGCUCGAAAUCCACCGCCUUCCUAUCAAACAUCUUCGAGAUACCAGGAAGAAGAGCUUCUACAGCCCGAAACUCAUAGAAUGCCUCAAGAUUCCAAUCCGCAGGGUUAUUUGAAAAUGCCAGACAAUUAUGGUAACCAUAUGCUUCUUCCUAGUGGUUAUUCGUCAUCCUAUCCGCCAAUCAAUUAUCCUCUAAGCUCCAAUGGCCGUUCUUAUAUCCCGCCAACGAUCAUAGGUAAUACACAGUACAAUGGUCGAUUUCAAACAGACGCCUCAAUAACACCUCAACAAUCAUCUGCGAAUUUUCCAAGUAAGCAGGGAACUGCCUUGCCGGUUCCAACUGUACAAAAUAGAAAUUUACCUGAUUUACAGCCCUACAACCAAAACUCCAGCAAUGACAAGUCUAGAAGCAAGCGAUGGAAAAAAGAAACACCUGGCAAGAGAUGA